CUGCAUGGCGUAUCCUGCGCGCAUUACCUUGCCAUCCUGCGUGCAUUACCUUGCCAUCCUGCGUGCAUUACCUUGCCACCCUCUCUCAUGGACUCACCACCGCCCAGCCAGAACCGCGCAAAGACCCUCCAACCUGUUCUCCCCACAAUCCUUCCCCUUGCAGCCACAUGCACUCCUUCCACUUUUCCUCCGGCCUUGCGUCACACCCCGCAGAACGGCCCACGUGCGCCACAGCCCCACACCGGGGAAGCACCAGCCACAUACCACACACCAACACACCAGCGCAGCGGGACAUGACGACGGCGCACGUUAUGCCAGUCGUCUUUCCCGACGUGACGCAGGAAAGUGCCUCCGACUCUGCGGAAAUGGA